UUCUGGCAACGCCAAACAAUAGUGGCAGAAACAAAAAGUCAUCUUCGGAGCGGCGUUUAGCAUUUAAUUUUGCAAGGUUUAUUUACGCCAGUCUUAUUUACGGAAUUUAAUCAAAUUAACUAUGUCUAUUCUGGCCUAUAACGGUGGUUGCGUGGUCGCCAUGCGGGGCAAGGACUGUGUGGCGAUUGCAACCGAUCAUCGCUUCGGAGUGCAGGCCCAAACCAUUUCUACAGACUUCAAGAAAGUGUUUCACAUUGCYCCGCGUAUGUUUCUGGGAUUGACUGGACUCCAAACGGAUAUAUUGACGGUGCGUGAUCGUCUUAUGUUCCGCAAGAAUAUCUAUGAAACAAAAGAGAAUCGUGAAAUGGCACCCAAACCAUUCUCAGCCAUGUUAUCCAGUUUUCUCUACGAACAUCGCUUCGGACCCUACUUUAUUGAGCCGGUGGUAGCUGGCCUGGAUCCAAAAACUAUGAAGCCAUUCAUCUGCAACAUGGACUUAAUCGGUUGCCCCAAUGAGCCUGAUGAUUUUGUUGUGGCUGGAACCUGUGCCGAGCAGUUGUAUGGCAUGUGUGAGACACUAUGGCGCCCGGACCUGGAGCCGGACCAAUUGUUCGAGGUGAUUUCACAAUCGAUGGUAAACGCUUUCGAUCGUGAUGCGAUGAGUGGUUGGGGUGCCACGGUCUACAUUAUUGAGAAGGACAAGAUUACGGAGCGUUCCUUGAAAACUCGCAUGGAUUAGGCAUUUCAUUCAUUAUUUUUCAAAAUAAGAAACAAAUAAAAUUUGUAAGGAAAGGA